UUGUUCAGCGUUUUGAGGUCUGAGAUUCCAAUAAUGGCAUCAACUGAUAAACCCGCCGUAGUCUCGGAGUCGCCACCGAAGUCUGAAGCCGUCCCACCGGAAGCGGCAGCGGACGCGGCGCUGGCUAAGUUUGCUUUCGACUAUUCGUUCGUAGAUGUCACUGCUCGGAUCUUUGUUUUUGCGGCGGCUCUAUGUUCUGUGGUGGUCAUGGUUACUAGCGAGCAGACGGAGGUGGUUCCGGUGCCGGGCUUGCCCGGAGUUAGACUCCCACUUCCAGCGAAGUUCAAUCAUUCACCAGCUCUCAUAUACUUCGUAGCAGCAUUAUCGGUAACAGGCUUAUACAGCAUUAUCACCACUUUGGCAUCAGUCUCGGUCAUCCUCAAACCAGUUUAUUCCAAAACCUUCUUGCUCGCUUUCGCUUUCCUAGACGUGGUGUUUGUAGGGAUCGUUGCCUCCGCAACCGGUGCGGCGGGAGGCGUCGCUUAUAUCGGAUUGAAGGGCAACAGUCACGUCGGGUGGACCAAAAUUUGCAACGUUUACUCCAAGUUUUGUCGAUACAAUGCGAGCUCGAUCGCGCUCGCGUUGUUCGCGGCCAUUCUUCUGGCGUUGCUCUCGAUGAUGUCAACCUUCAAACUUUACAAAAAGAUCCGUGACUAGGCAGGUCUUCGAUGUCGUCUUAGUUUUCAGCUUAAGAAGCAUUUGAUAAAUGCUAAUUGGUGUUGUUUUUGUCAUGAAGUAGGUGAUGGUUUCUGUCUGCAAAUGAUGUUUUAAU